AAAUGAGGAAAAGAAAUGGCAGCAUUGAUGGAAACUAAAACACCACCUGGGGCAUUAGGUCAAAUAUUUUGCUUUAGAGGUGCAUCUCCAGCCCCAAGCCAUGUCCUGCUACACCCCGUGCCGGCCCUGCCAGCCCUGCGGCCCCACCCCGCUGGCCAACAGCUGCAAUGAGCCCUGUGUCAGGCAGUGCCAGGACUCCACCGUGGCCAUCCAGCCCUCGCCCGUGCUGGUCACCCUGCCCGGCCCCAUCCUCAGCUCCUUCCCACAGAACACCGUGGUGGGAUCCUCCACCUCUGCUGCCGUUGGCAGCAUCCUCAGCUCUCAGGGAGUGCCCAUCAGCUCUGGGGGCUUUGGCCUCUCAGGCUUGGGCAGUGGCCUCUGUGGCACCAGGUGCCUCCCCUGCUAGAGCUGCUGGCCAUGGCCCUGGGCAAGGAAGCCAGGGACUGCCAGGAUGGAAGCGCCCUGGGGACGC